AUGCAAAUAGUUAUAAGGCUAUAUUUCUUAAUUUUAGCGAUAAAUGCUACAUAUAUAGCAAAAAUAGAAUAUAUAUACGUUCAGCGAAUACCUAAAUCUAAUGAAAUAACUUACAAUGGGCAAUAUAAAUUCAAUGAAACAUUUGCUACCGAAAUAUUAGACAAACAUAAUGCCAAAAGAAAAUUGCAUGGAGCUCAGUUACUACAUUGGAAUUCGACGGUAUUUGAAUAUGCCGCAAAAUAUGCCGAAGAGUAUGAUUGCUCAGGAAUACUAACUCAUAGUGGAGGUAAGUAUGGAGAGAAUCUUGCUAUCGGCUACACCGUUGAUGGGUCUAUUAACGCAUGGUAUAACGAAGGCAAGACGUAUAUAUAUGGGCUGGAAAAUACCUACAAUCAUUUUACCGCAUUAGUAUGGAAUUCAACAAGUCAAGUAGGAUGUGCGUACAAAUAUUGUAGUCCAACAUGGGGAACGUAUAUUGUUUGUUCCUACUACACUGCUGGUAAUGUGAUAGGUCAAUCUUCGAAAAAUGUGUUUCCACUUAUUUAG